GAACUCUGACAUUCCAGCUUUAUGUGCUGUAAUUAAACAAUAAUUUCCGAAAUGAAUUGUUACAAUACAAUCAAAAUAACUGUACAAUUGAAGAGAUAAAUCAUGACGUGUGUGCAAUGGAGCUGCUCGAAUUUUUUCAAUACAAACAAACCUGGAUGAAACCUUCACACUCUACUUAUUCCACAUUUGAGAUUUGAAUCACUAACAUGAAGGUGACUGAUAACAGUACCACCACGGAACCAACUUUUGAGAAUAGUACCGACACAGUACCCGAAACAACAACCACCACAAUUACCGAAACAACACCCGAUUCGAAUUUUGGUACUCGGGGUUUUUACGGUGGUUCUUACUACAACCCCAAGGCUUGUAACCCUCAAAACAUCCACUACGUUCAUGGUACUUACCAACCACCCAUCAGAGAUUACUACAGGGUUCAAAAAUAUUUCCGGGACGAUGGUUCCGACGAAACUUUCGAUUAUUACCUAGGCUACGGCAUGAGCAAAAUGACCAAUAAUGAUUUCCAGUACCGUGACUUCCAUUAUUACUACCAUGACAUCAAUCGAACCAUUUCCGACAACGAGACCAUUUUGUCCGACCAUGUGAAUGACUGUCAUCCAAAUGCAACGUUUUUGUGUCCCGAAAAUACAGAAACGGUUUGUUUGCGCAAUGGUACCAUUUACUGUAUGUCCAAAAUAAGUGUGGUGGUACCUUGUGAUAAUAUUACGUGCAUUCAAACUACGGUACCUUGUGUACGAGCCUGCAUUAAUGUAGCAUUUAAUUUUGAAACCCUGCUUUUGCCGUGUUUAGCCAAUAUUGUAAUAGAAGAUGUGUACGAGGACGGGAAAGGGAUGAGUUUGAGUAGGGUAGGUGGUACUUUUGUUCUAGUACCAGCCUUGACAAGGAUCGAAAGGACUUAUUGCGUGGUUGUGGUCCUCGACCCUGAACCAAAAGAAGAAGAGCUGUAAUAAAUUGUAUUCAAGUAAAAAGUAAAUGUAAUAAAUUUAAAAAAAUA